AUGAUGGGAUACCAUUCCCCUACCUUCUGUCUAUUACUUUGUUCCCAUUUCAUAUCAGUUUUAUGUUCUUCUCCUUCACCAACACAUUUGUGCUCUCCUAACCAAAGUGCUGCCUUGUUCCAAUUCAAAACCCACUUUUCCAUUAACCAAACUGCAUGUAAAAAUUGUGAAUAUUCUAAUCCUAAGGCUAAGACCACCUCAUGGAAGCAGGGUACAGAUUGUUGCUUAUGGGAUGGAGUGAGUUGUGACAACAUCACCGGUGAAGUCAUCAGCCUUGACCUCAGUUGCAGUUGCCUUUCUGGCACAUUCCCUUCCAACACCACCUUUUUCCUCCUUUCAAGUUUACAGAGGCUGGAUUUAUCCUUCAAUGAUUUCAGGAAAUCCGAAAUUUCCUCCAACUUCGGUCGCUUUCCAAGCUCAACACAUCUUGACCUUUCCUAUUCAUGGUUUUCAGGUCUUGUUCCCUACGGAAUCUCCUAUCUCUCCAAUUUAGUUUCACUGCAUCUUUCCUACCGUCCAACUACGGAUCUCAUUGGCUUUCAAGCGCCUGGGCCAAUUUUGAAACUUGAAAAAUUCGCUGUAAACGAAAUAGUGCGGAACUUGACAAAGGUAAGGGAGAUUUAUUUGGAUGGAAUAGACAUGUCAUCCAUUGAUCCUAAUUCCUUCGUCAAUCUUUCUUACUCUCUCACAUCUCUUAGUCUUUUUGGUUGUCAUUUGCGGGGAAAAUUGCCAGACAACAUUUUCAAACUUCCCAACAUCGAGUACCUGAGAUUGGAUGAAAACCCUAAACUCACUGGUCAGUUUCCAAAAUCCAAUUGGAGCAGUCCCCUUGUUAGUUUGAGUGCAUCCGAAGCGUCUUUUUCUGGAGAAUUGCCUGAAUAAUUUGGCGAUUUAAAGUCUUUAAUGGUUUUGGCUCUAUUGUUUAGUAACUUCUCUGGAUCAAUUCCUCGAUCACUAGGAAAUCUAUCUCAGCUAGACCCCUUAUACCUUUCAUUUAACUAUUUUAGUGGUAAGAUUCCAUCUUCACUUACAAACCUCGCAAAACUGAGCAUUCUUACCCUUAAUGAUAACCAAUUGGAGGGCUUUCUUCCUGAUAACCAAAAUGCAUUUCCAAAUCUAGCCCUUCUUGAUUUAUCUAAUAAUUUACUUAGUGGUACAACACCAUCUUGGCUUUAUACCAUUCCUCGUUUACUUUAUUUAAAUCUUGGAAACAAUCAAUUCAAUGGUCAUAUCAGUGAAUUCCAAAACAGACUUCUAAUUAAAAUAAUAUUGAAAGAUAACAGCUUUCGUGGUCCGAUUCCAAGCUCAAUUUCUAAACUUGUGGACCUCACUUCCCUUGAUAUAUCGUCGAAUGAGCUAAACGGUACAAUAAGUUUGAACAUGUUCUCAGAGCUUCAAAAUCUCAAAAAGCUUGACGUAUUUGACCUCCACUCCAAUUUUAUUGAAGGUGAUCUCCCAAAAUUACCCCCUAACAUCAGAUUCCUAUCAGUCUCAAACAAUAGUUUAGUCGGAACGUUGUCUGGUAUCUGCAAUAUGAAGUUUAUUGAGAUUCUCGAUUUGUCUCAUAAUGAUUUCAGUGGAAUCAUCCCACAAUGCAUCGGAAGCUUUAGCCAGAGUCUUUCAUCGUUGAACUUGAAGAUGAAUAAGCUCCAUGGAGCCAUUACCUCGAUUUUUGCUAAGGGAUGUGCUUUAAAGAAUCUGAACUUGAAUAGCAAUCAUUUGGAAGGGCCGUUGACACCUUCAAUCACCAACUGCAAAGAGCUGCAAGUUCUAGAUGCUCGCAACAACAUGGUAAAUGAUAGCUUUCCUCAUUGGAUCGAGGCAUUAUCAGAGUUGCAAGUUCUUGUACUCCGUUCCAACAGAUUCCAUGGUCCAAUAACGGCUGCUACGAGUCCUCGGUCUCUUCUGAAAUUGCGAAUAGUUGAUCUCUCCUGCAACAACUUUUUUGUCCCUCUGCCAACCGGUUACAUAAAAAAUUUCAAAAGAAUGAUCAAUAUUAUUGACGAUGGCAAAGGUGUGAGAUACAUGGGGGAAAGAAAUUACUUGUAUGAUUAUUCUGUUGCUAUAGCUGUUAAAGGGUUUGAGAUUGAAUUGGUGAAGAUUUUAACUAUUUUCACAAGCAUUGAUCUCUCAUGCAACAACUUUGAAGGACAGAUUCCAAGAGACAUCGGAGAGCUUAGUUCGCUACGGGGUCUUAAUCUUUCUCAUAACAAUCUCGUUGGGCAUAUACCAUCUUCACUUAGAAACAUGACUAGGCUUGAAUGGUUGGAUCUUUCGUCCAAUGAGUUGAGUGGGCAAAUUCCAACGGGAUUGCUAGAUUUGACCUUCCUUUCCUCCUUCAACGUUUCAUGUAAUCAACCUGUUGGACCCAUACCAAAAGGCAAGCAGUUCAACACUUAUGAAAAUGGUUCGUACCAAGGAAAUGUGGGAUUAUGUGGCGUUCCACUCUCUAGAGGCUGCAACAACAACGUGUUGGGACAACCACCUCCUGCACCGUGGAUGAACUCUCACGAAGACGAUGGCUCAAAGCUUGAAUUUGGGUGGAAAGUUGUUGCGAUCGGUUAUGGAUUUGGAUUCAUAUUUGGAGCGGCAAUGGGAUGUGGUUGUCUUAGAACCGGUAAGCCCAAAUGGUUCGUGACCUUGUUUGAAGCUCGAAGACGAAGAAGGUGAUCAUCCUCCAAAGCCAAGCUAGUUUGAGCAAUUCAAUAAUGCUGUCAACGCUUGCACGUUGUGAUAAACUUUUGUUUUCCUAAAUUCGGUCGGGUUUGUUUGUUUGUUGUUAUGUUGAUGUUGAUGAUGAUUUUGAUUGGGCUUUAUUAGAUUUAUGUUUUGGUUAUAGAGA